GCCCCCAAAUAAAUAAAAACCUUCCGUCGUGGAGGAACUCGCGGCCGAGCUCGCGCGGGCCUCGCAGCAGCUCUCCACGCCGAGGUCGCCCGCAUCUCCCUCUCCUCUCUCCUCAGGAUUGGGCGGGAUCCGAGACGGCCGCGCCGCUCGCAUUGCUCGAUCGAGAAGAAGAAGAAAAAACAUUCAGGAAGCAGGCAGGUCGUCGAGAGGGGAGGAUCGGAGAAUGCAGCAGCAGAUGGCGGCGACGGUGGAGGAGCAGAUGAUGGUGAAGGCCAUCAGGGAGGAGUCGCCGUGGGAGGUCCUCCCCAAACGCAUCCAGGCAGCGCUGGUCUCCAAGGAAGAAUGGCACCGCAGGGUUGUGGAUUACUGUAUACGUAAGAGGUUGCCAUGGAGCUCCUGUUUCGCCAGAAAAGUAUGCAAGGAAGGGGACUACUAUGAGGACCUGAUGCGCUAUCUCCGCAAAAACCUUGCACUAUAUCCAUACCAUCUUGCAGACUUCAUAUGCCGAGUGAUGAGGAUAUCACCCUUCAGAUAUUACUGUGAUGUCCUUUUCGAAGCUAUGAAGAAUGAGCAACCAUACGACAGUAUUCCAAAUUUCAGUGCUGCAGAUGCUCUGAGGAUUACUGGUGUAGGAAGAAAUGAAUUUAUUGAUAUCAUGAAUAAGUGCAGAUCAAAGAAGAUAAUGUGGAAACUGAACAAAUCAAUUGCCAAAGAGUUGCUGCCAGCAGAACCUGCAGAUUUAGCAAUAGAACCAUGGUGGGGCGUUCGGUUUGUCAACUUCACAUUGGAAGAAUUUAAGAAGCUUUCAGAAGACGAGACAUCAGCGAUAGACAAAAUAUGUAAGGAGGAAGUCAAUUCAUAUGUUCUAUUUGACCCGGAGGUAGUACGGGGCCUUUAUAGGAGAGGGAUGGUAUACUUCGAUGUCCCUGUUUAUCCUGAUGAUCGUUUUAGAGUUUCCAGGCUUGAAGGUUUUGUUUCAAACAAGGAUCAGUCCUACGAAGAUCCAAUUGAAGAGCUACUGUAUGCUGUAUUCGUUGUAUCAAGUGAAAACGCUACGGUUGCUGAACUGGCUACAACCUUACAAGCCGACCUUUACCAGCUCCAGGCAGCUGCAUCAUUUGCUUGCCGACUAGGAUGGGCUGUGAAGCUUCUGGAUACCGACUCUGUUCUUAGGGAUUCGAGCACUCCUGCACUGUCCAACAACAUUCUCAGCGAUGAAGUUGAAAGCUCUCGUACGAGUGUCGCCUCAGAAAAGUCUGGUCAUGAGUUGCUUAGCAGUGAUUCUGAUGGGCACAAGAACUCCGGGAUGGCUUAUGUGGGCUUCAUUGUCGAUGCUAAUGUAACUUCAUACUUAAUGAUGGGCUCACUGUCUCCAGGUUUGAAGUCGCAUGCUGUGACACUAUACGAGGCAGGAAAGCUUGGCGAGUCUUGUAUUGCUGAUCUAUGCAAUGAUCUUGCCAGUUUAGAGGGGAAACGGUUUGAAGGUGUGCUGCAGGAAUUCGCAAACCAUGCUUUUAGCCUUCGAUGCUUCCUCGAGUGCUUGCUGUCUGGCGGAACUCCAACUGAAACAGCUGACCUGACUACUAGUGAAGCAAAUAACCAGGAGAGCUCUGUCCAGGACGGUUUAGAUACCACUUGUGCUAAGGAAAACAAGGGAAACGGCGGUGUCAAUAAUGCUGCUGAGAACUCGACUCAAAUUUCAGAAUCCUCUGAUGGUGGCCAACUAUCACUGCAGGACAACAAGAUGGGUGAUUCUGAUGCUGCAGAUGCGAAUAGAUCAUCAGCAUCUUCGACGAUCGUGUCUGAAGGCAAGGAAAGCAUACUCAAACACGACUGUGACAGCGUCCAGGCUCCAAAGCUGGGUGCUUCAGCUGCUAACGGUCCAUCGUCCAAGAGCAAAAGAAGUUACCGAGUCAACAUUCUUCGCUGCGAGAGCUUAGCUUCUCUGGCCCCAUCGACGCUAGAGAGACUCCUUGCUAGGGACUACGACAUCGUAGUGUCCAUGAUCCCUCUCCCAUCUUCCUCAGUCCUGCCCUGCCCAUCUGGUCUAGUGCAUUUUGGUCCGCCUUCCUACUCUUCCAUGACACCUUGGAUGAAACUGGCGCUGUACACGUCAGGGACCUGUGGCCCGGUAUCUGCUGUUUUCAUGAAGGGGCAGCGGCUGAGGCUGCUGCCUGAACCAUUGGCCAGCUGCGAGAAGGCGCUGAUAUGGUCCUGGGAUCAGUCUGUGGUGGGUGGACUAGGCGGCAAGUUCGAAGGGAACUUGGUGAAAGGAAGCCUUCUUCUGCACUACCUGAACUCCAUGACAAAGCAUUCUGCUGUGGUGGUGCAGCCAUUAAGCGAACACGAUCUUGACGAGACAGGGAGCAUCGUCACCAUAGACGUCCCGCUGCCGCUGAAAAAUGCCGAUGGGUCGAUUCCAUCCACGGUAGUCGGCACCGACUUGCCGGAGGACCAGGUCUCGAGUCUGAUCCUCUUGUUAGAGGACCUGUCCAAUAGAGUCGAGCUGAGCACGGUUGGGUACCUUCGGCUGCUAAGGCUUCACAGGGCGAAUGAGUCGUCCGAACACGGAAGCUUUGAGUGGGUGCCUCUGACCAUAGAGUUCGGCAUCCCUUUGUUUAGCCCACAGCUCUGCGAGAGGAUCUGCGAGAGGGUCGUCGAGUCACAGAUGCUUCAGAAAGACGACAUCGCUGAGCACUACGAGACGAUGCAGAACGUGAGGAGGAGGCUGAGAGAGCUGUGCACCGAGUACCAAGCGACCGGCCCAACGGCGAGGCUGUUCAAUCAGCGGGGAGGCUCCAAGAACACCUCCCCGCGCAAACUGGUGCAGAUGGUCAGCGGUAGAUGGAGCCCGUUCCAUGAUCCGUCUACGCCCACUCACUCCAGUAGCCCCCCCGCUGAACACGACAGAGCCAAACCAGCGAGACGGCAGAGAUGCUUCACCGAAGUUCUGAGCUUCGAUGGGAGGAUCCUCAGGUCAUAUGCGCUUACUCCUGUGUAUGAGGCUGCUACAAGAUCGGUCUCCGAAGAGCAGCCUACCACGCCCGCAGCGAAACCGGAUCACGAGGACGCUAACACCAAGGACGUGGCCUUGCCAGGAGUCAAUCUGAUAUUCGAUGGAACUGAGUUGCACCCGUUUGACAUCGUUGCCUGCCUCCAAGCUCGCCAGCCUCUCUCGUUGAUCGCCGAGGCGUCGGCGACAUCUUUGGCAAUGAAAUGACGACGAGAGUCCAGUACGCACUAGUAAAUUUUUCGGUAGGUGACGGAGUUUAGUAGUGUAUGCCAUUGCAUUCCUUCUUGCUGUUGUAUGCAGAAUUGCAUUCUUCAAGGGGAGCUUCUCAAAGCAGACAUUUUUCUUUUAAAAAAAAGAUUGCUGCAAGGACCUGUUUUGCACUAGCGUUAGGUUUUAUUGUUAUUAUUAUUAUACACCACUGGUAGAGAAAUUUUCGCACGUUUAUCCCCUAUCGUGUUGGGGUCCAGGACUCAUGUAAGCAACAAUCCUAGGUCUAAAUUUUAUGGCCAUCAAAGGGUCUUUUGUUUUGGUUGAUGUUUAAAAGUCACUUUUUAGUCAUGGCCCGGUUGAACCUUUUGUCCUAGUUGGUGUUACUGUUAGAAUCAUGCCCUAGAAAUAAUCAUAAAGAUGAGACACCUUGUCUUGAUUGCCAAUUAUGUGAACUGUGUGUGACAUCUUUUACUCAUUUGAUUAUCCUAAAAGAUGCCCUUGGGCAGAUUCAAUGACUAGCACAUGUAUUAGUUGAUGACUAUUUUUCAUAAGUCAUGGACAUAAAGAUGUAAAACUAAUAAUGUUGGCACAUGUAUGACAAGAGGCUGGACUGACCCAAUGUGACUUUUAUAAUAUAGUUCUCUUUUUACAACAUACACGAUGUGUCUUUAGACCUGAGAUUUUCGCAUGUUAUCAAGAUUUAAAUUGACCUACUUAGAGACUAUCAAACGCUACACUGAAAUUGGAUAGUUAUAAAGAUAAUUUUGGUUUUUGUCAGGAAGCAUGCUGUGAGAUAUCUAGACCUAAAAGAUCCUCCGUGGGAAAAUUCAAAUGGUGAGCACUUUGGACUUGGUCACGUACUGAGUUAGUAAAGAAGCUACACAAAAGAAAGAGGGCAAGAGGACUUACAUUACUAGCAUAUAGCCCG